AUGUCGACAUCGUUUUUAAACUUAACUGGAGAUGAACAGCAGAAAACACUUGGACAGUUAAUCUGCUCAGCCGCAGUAACAAACGGAACAGUACCCGCUCAGGUAGUCUAUCUCGCAGUUAUUAAUAUAUUUCUGUCCAUUACUGCAAUUCUUGAAAAUACUCUGAUACUCCUUGCCUUACACAAGGAGUCUUCGCUGCAUCCGCCGUCCAAGCUCCUUCUCCGAAGCUUAGCGAUCACCGAUCUGUGUGUAGGGCUUAUUGCCCAACCUGUGUAUGCCAGCUAUCAGAUAAGUCUCGCACAGGGACACUGGUCUGUUUGUCGCUUCAAAUUCGACAUAAGCUUUUUAGCAGGUUAUAUACUAUGUUCAAUGUCUUUAUGGACAAUAUCUGCAAUAAGCGUUGACAGACUUCUCGCCUUGUCUUUGGGUAUCAGAUAUCGACAAGUUGUAACUUUGAAACGAGCCAAUAUUCUUGUCUUCUCCUUUUGGGUCGUAUCCCUUGGCGCCGCAGGGAUCUACUUUUGGAAUUACCUGCUAACAACAUCCUAUUGUUACAUACUGAUAUCAGUUUGUAUGGGGACAUCUGUGGUCUCCUAUACCAAGAUUUUCUUGGUUCUCCGUCGGCAGCAAACUCAUGUAGAGAACCAGAGUAAAGAGAAACAAACGAUAAGUCCUCUGAACAUGGCUCGAUAUAAAAAGGCAGUAACCAGUGCAUUGUGGCUGCAGGCUGCGCUAGUCAUUUGUUACAUGCCUCAUGGUGUCGUGGAAGCGUUGCUGACUUUUUUUGGAACAACUUCCUACUUUGUGUUAGCAAGGAACUUUACAGCGUCGCUAGUUUUCACGAAUUCAUCAUUAAACCCGAUUCUUUAUUGCUGGAAAAUUAAAGAAGUGAGACAAUCUGUGAAGGGGACAGUUCAACAGCUUUAUUCUUUGCUGAGAAGUCCGUUCAGUUCUCGUGUGGAAUCUACGAAUUCCGAUUAA